CCCUCGAGCCACAGUAGUAGGUUUAUAUAGGGGACAAUAAUAUUAGGAAGGAGGAAUGGCCAGAGAUAGGACUCCUUUCCUGCAAUGGAUAAAAAUGAAUAAUAGGAAAAAGAAGAGAAACGACGAUGACACAGAUUCAAGCAGAGGUGACUUAUCGUUGUUAGAUGUAAACAGUCACGGGUUUGUAGACCGGGGCAGCUUCAACGGAUCAUGUCUCUCCCUAGACAGCGACACAUGUGUUACCUUAGCCAAAUUCGUAUGUUUCGCCGCCAAGGGAAACCUCUCCGAGGUUCAGAGGCUUUACGAGGUAGAUAGGAAGCGAAUCUUUAUACAGGACUGUCGUGGCUGGGCUGCCCUUCACCAUGCUGCUGCCAAUGGACACCUUAACGUGGUGGACUUUAUCGUCACAUCAGGGGCCGAGAUAAAUUUACAGAACAAGAAUGGCGACACUGCUCUCCAUUUGGCAGUUGAGGGAGAGCACGCGGAUGUCAUUGGUUAUCUGCUCAAGCAGAGCGCCAAGACAACCCUCCUUAACGAGGUGUUUAUGGCUCCGAUACAUCUAGCGGUGGAUGGAGGCAAAAUAAAAGCAUUAGAGAGUCUGCUGAAAUUUUCAACAGCUGAUGUCAUUCUGAAAGGAGAAGGGGGCUUUACCCCUCUCCAUUAUUGUGCCUCCAAAGACAGAGACGAAUGUGCUAAGCUGUUGUUACAGUACGGCGCCAGACCGUGUAUGACAUGUUCCCACGGGUUUUAUCCCAUUCACGUGGCUGCUAAGUCUGCAGCAGCCAAAACUCUGGAGGUCUUAAUUAAGCAUGUUGAGAACUUGGGAUACACAAGAGAACAAGUCCUAUCGUUCACUGACAAGGCUAACAAUAUGCCCCUCCACGCAGCGGUCAAUGGCGGCGACAUAGAGGCAGUAAGGGUAUGCAUAGCUGCAGGGGCUGCCGUCGAUGCACAACAGGAAGAUAAAUCGACUCCAUUACAUUUUGCGUGCGCUCAAGGCAGCGUCGAGUUGAUCAAAAUAAUGCAAGAACUACAACCGACUCGCUUCUCUAGGGCAUUGACCUCAAAUGAUGUAUUAAAGAUGACACCUCUUCACAGGGCAGCGCUGUUUAACCACGUCAACGUUGUAGAAUAUCUUCUCAAACAGGGUGCCGAAAUAGAUGCUCAGGAUUCACAAGACAGAACGCCACUGCUGAUCGCGGCGUCAAAGGGUUGCUGGAAGACGGUGCAAUGUCUGAUUGAAAACAAUGUCAGUCUCGCAAAAACUGAUCGUGAAAACAGAAACUUUCUACAUCUCGCAAUCAAAUUUGGUGGACGUCUAAAUGAAUUCGGAGUUGAAUUGCUUAAGGAUGUGAAAACUCUGUUGAACGAGAAGGAUGAUUUUGGCUGCACACCCCUCCACUACGCCUCUAGAGAAGGACAUCUGGUGGCUAUCGACGACCUCAUUAAUCUCGGGGCUCACAUCAACCCAAAAAAUAACGACAAACAAUCUCCACUGCAUUUUGCUGCCAGGUACGGUCGAUACAACACCUGCAGAAGGCUGCUAGACAGUCCUCAAGGAGCCAACAUAAUUAACGAGACAGAUGGCGAGGGAUUAUCUGCCCUCAACUUAGGGUCUUUAAACGGCCACACGAAGAUAAUCCACCUGUUGAUGGAGAAAGGAGCAUAUGUCACUAGGGAUCACGACGGAAAUUCUCCACUUCACAUGGCAGCAUCAAACGGGUACACAAAGACAAUUAAGAUACUUCUCAGUGUGCAUGCAAAUCUUCUUGACGCAACAAACAAAUACGGGGAAACAGCCCUCCAUGUUGCUUCUAAGGAAGGAAAAACAUCAAGUGUAGAUCUACUUCUGACGCUAGGUGCAAAAAUGACCACAAAUAAAGAAAAGAAGUCAUUCUUUGACACCGCAAUAGAAGCCCAGGACUCUGACGUGGCUCUGACAAUCGUUCGACACGAAAGGUGGCGAGAAGCUAUGAGUAUAUGUUCAGGAGAAUCAGGAGGAGCGCUAUCCUGUCCUAUGUAUGGGUUGAUCCAGUAUCUUCCUGACGUCUGCAUGGUCGUUCUGGACAGGUGUCUGACACAAUCAAAUGAAGAUGAAAGAAAGAGCGGAUUUUAUAUAGAGUACGACUUCUCAUACCUACAGGCUCCAAUCGAGUACGUCAAGAAAAUGCGAACUGAUGACAAGGAAGUGUCUCCUCUGUUUUCUCUAAAUGCAAUGGUCAAGUUUGGGCGUGUCCAGUGUCUGUCUCAUUCCCUAUGUAAGGCAUUCCUAUCCAUGAAAUGGAGAGCGUACGGACUGUGGUUCCACAGCACCAACCUAGUCUUGUAUCUGAUAUAUCUCGGACUGCUGACCACGUUAGUGACCACAACAACCCUGUGGUACCCCUCGAACGAUAAUGACCAAAACAGCACCAAUGAAAGUUCAACCGACUACAAUUCACAUAAGAUAGAGAUACACAUGGCCCAAAAUAUGUGCGUGUAUAUAGUAGUGGUAUUCACCAGUCUCAACAUAUUUAAAGAGAUCGCCCAGAUGUACCAACAGCGGAUGAAGUAUUUCACAGACUUAGGCAAUGCUUUGGAGUGGGUUCUGUACAUCACGACCGCUGUGUUCGUCGUACCAAUGGUGACAGGGGUUACGUACAAAUUCCAAGUUGAGGCUGGGGCCAUCGCAAUUUUCUUGGCUUGGUUUAACUGCUUGCUCUUCCUUCAACGGUUUGACGUAUUUGGGAUUUAUGUGGUGAUGUUCCUAGAGAUCCUUUCCACACUAAUACAAGCUCUCAGUGUCUUCUCCUUACUCAUCGUGGCGUUCGGAUUCGCAUUCUUCCUUCUCAUGAAAUCAGAGGCGACACAUGCCUACACGAGUCCCGGGAUGGCCAUCCUUCGGUCAGGAAUGAUGAUGUUGGAGCUGGAUUACAUGGCGUCCUUUAACGAUCCACUUACAGACGGAGACAAAACCACCCUGGGCUUUGGGGGUCUGACGAUUUUCUUUUUGAUAAUGUUUGUCAUCCUUAUGCCGAUUCUCCUCAUCAAUCUGUUGAUUGGUCUCGCAGUUGGGGACAUAGAGUCGGUUCAGAGUAACGCCACUCUGAAGCGUUUAGCUAUGCAGGUGGAGUUACAUACGGACCUGGAAAGGAGGUUGCCGAAGUGGUUAUUGCUAAAGGUGGACAAGGUCCAGUACCGUUACUUCCCGAACAGGUGUGGUCAAGGCAUGAAGUCGCUCUGGAGUAAAAUGACAUGGAAUAAAAGUAAUGGUUUGGGGUCUGAUGACUCUCGCCGCCAUGACGCGUAUUUGUAUACGGAGCUCCACAAACAAAAACAAAGGAUGAAGGACAUGGGAGCGAAGCUGGAGAAACAGUACGAUUUACUCCGCCUGAUCGUCCAGAAGAUGGAUAUCGCCACUGAGGAGGACAAUAAGGAUGAGGGAGUAGCGUGUGCCACCAGUCUGGAGAAGAUUCACGGGGCGAGCUUCGCCGCUCCAUUCAUCAAGAAAACCCUUCUCCGACAGAAUGCUAUCGUCUCCCACUGGAAAAAGACUUCAGAUAAAGUUGCGGAAAAAUCAAAGAAUGAACAUGAUUGCUAGUCUUAAGAAUUUUUGACGUUUUAAUCCGGACAUCGUUAGUCUUGAAUCAGUAAAUCCAGAAAACGUAUAUACGAAUUCCAUGUUUUUGAAUUUACGCACACUGUUAUUUCUACAAAACUGGACAAUUUAAUUCUUUUGAUAUUUUUACUUAACAAUCGGACUAACGAUGUUCCAUUGUGUACAAAUAUGUUUCCUAUGUUUAUUAUCAUAGUAUAUCCGUCUAUUCGUGGACCAGGUACGUACUGUAGAUUGUCAAUCAGACCUGUUCCUCCUGUACAACGUGAGUAGUUUGAUAAUUUUGACUACGGACGUAUGAUAAGAAAUGUUCAAUGACACGGAGACACGGUAGUCUAGUGGUAGAACGCCGGGCUCGUGACCAAAGGGUUGCGGGUUCGAGUCCUUGAGC